CUCAUUUCAUCGUUUCUUUCUUAACCCAAAAACAAACACAAACAAACCAAAAGGAGAAGAAAAAAAAAAAAUGGAUCUUCUCCUUUUCAUGUUCUCCCUUCUUCUCUCUUAUCUUUUCUUCAAGAUCUGGAAACUCAUAGACUCAAAGAAAGACAAAGAUUGCUACAUCCUAGACUACCAAUGUCAUAAACCAUCCGACGACAGAAUGGUGAGCACUCACUUCAGUGGAGAAAUCAUUCACCGAAAUAAAAACCUUGGAUUAGAGGAAUACAAGUUCCUUCUCAAAGCCAUUGUGAGCUCAGGGAUCGGUGAACAAACCUACGCUCCAAGACUUGUCUUCGAAGGCAGAGAAGAGCGUCCUACGUUGCAAGAUGGGAUCUCGGAGAUGGAAGAGUUCUACAUCGACACCAUCGGUAAAAUCAUGGAGAGACAACAUAUCUCACCUAAAGAAGUCGACAUCCUCGUAGUCAACGUCUCCAUGCUCACUUCAGUGCCUUCUUUACCUUCAAGAAUCAUAAACCAUUACAAGAUGAGAGAAGACAUCAAAGUCUUCAACGUAACCGGGAUGGGAUGUAGCGCGAGUCUAAUCUCUGUAGACAUUGUCAAGAACAUAUUCAAAAGCUACCCAAACAAGCUAGCUCUCGUUGCUACCUCCGAGUCUUUGAGCCCUAAUUGGUAUAGCGGAAACAACCGUUCGAUGAUUCUAGCUAACUGCUUGUUCAGAUCCGGUGGUGCUGCUAUUCUCUUGACUAACAAACGUAGCUUGAGAAAGAAAGCAAUGUUUAAGCUCAAGUGUCUGGUACGGACUCACCAUGGAGCAAGAGAGGAGUCUUACAAUUGCUGUAUCCAGUCCGAGGACAAACAAGGUCGUGUAGGGUUUUACUUGGGGAAGAAUCUACCGAAGGCAGCCACUCGAGCUUUGGUGGACAAUCUCAAGGUUAUAGCACCAAAGAUUCUUCCCGUAACCGAGCUCUUGAGGUUCAUGAUAAAGCUUUUCAUCAAGAAAAUCAAGAUGCGUCAAAACCCUAGCAAGGGCUCCACGAAUCUCCCAACGGGAACUCCUAUGAAGGCAGGGAUCAACUUCAAGACCGGGGUUGAACACUUUUGCAUUCAUACCGGAGGAAAAGCUGUGAUUGAUGGGAUUCAAAAUAGCUUGGAUUUAAGCGAUUAUGAUAUUGAACCGGCUAGGAUGACUCUUUACAGGUUUGGGAAUACCUCGGCUAGUAGUUUGUGGUAUGUGUUGGCUUACAUGGAGGCUAAGAAGAGACUUAAGAGAGGAGAUAGGGUGUUUAUGAUAAGCUUUGGAGCUGGGUUUAAGUGUAAUAGCUGCGUCUGGGAAGUUUUGAGAGAUCUCACCACUGAAGAAUCAAAAGAGAAUGUGUGGAAUCAUUGCAUUAAUGACUAUCCACCUAAAUCGAUUGCGAAUCCUUUUACAAAGAUGUAUGGUUGGCUUCAAGAUGAAGAUCCUGAUACGUUCAAGAUCCCUGAGACUUUCAAGAUCCCUGACGAGUAUUUGUAAAACGUUUCCGCACAGAAACACAAACGCAAAAACAACACAAAGGUGACAAUAUUCUCUUUCUUUCUUUUUUUUCCUUUUCCCUAUAAUUUACGUGUUUUAAUUGGAUUGGAAAUGAGAUAUGAAUGCAUGUAAAAGAGAAACUUUGGUAACGUAUUGCUUGAUAUAAUUUUUUGAGUUAUAAUUUGUUAAAGAAUUUCUGGGGUAUGCACAUCCAAUACGAUGAGAAUUUUUCUAAUUUGCCAUCCGAAUGGAAUGUUGCCCUCUUUUUCUUGCGUUGAAAGUUGUAUCAUUUUAAUAUUUUUUUGUAUUAAUGUUCAUUUCACUUUAAUUUGUAAUAUUGUUUCGCAUUUACUGAACCUUGUCAAGGUAGAAAUUCAUUCUACUCCUCUUUUUACGUGAUUAUAUAUUUUCAGUUGUUUGGUUUGAAAAGUUUACAAGGAAAUUAAGAG